CGCUUCUAAGCUCCUCUAUAUGAAACCCCCAAACCCCCACCCAAAUUUCGCAUCCCAAAUCUUCUCUCAUUUUCUCAAGAAGCAAACAGCAAGUCACUGAAGCCCCAUUCCACUUUUCACUUUCCAAAUGGCUCGUACUAAGCAAACCGCCAGAAAAUCCACUGGAGGCAAGGCACCAAGAAAGCAAUUGGCUACCAAAGCCGCUAGAAAAUCAGCCCCAGCCACCGGCGGAGUUAAGAAGCCACACAGGUUCAGGCCAGGAACCGUGGCCUUGCGUGAAAUCCGAAAGUACCAAAAGAGCACCGAACUCCUGAUCAGGAAACUCCCAUUCCAAAGGCUGGUGAGGGAAAUUGCCCAGGAUUUCAAGACCGAUCUGAGGUUCCAAAGCAGCGCCGUUGCGGCUCUUCAGGAGGCGGCUGAGGCUUACUUGGUGGGUCUCUUCGAAGACACCAAUCUGUGCGCCAUUCACGCUAAGAGGGUUACUAUUAUGCCUAAGGAUAUCCAGUUGGCUCGGAGGAUUAGGGGUGAGAGAGCGUAGAUUUAACGACUUUAUUUUUAUAUUUAUUUUGUAUUUUUGGGGUUUGAUGUGGGAAAUAUGAAGGUGUAAAGUUGUGAGAAUUAGAUGGUAAUUCGAUUUUUAAAGUUGGUUUAGGUUAAUGUCCUUCAAUACUGUGCGUUUGUUUUGGAAAUGGCUCGGAUUAGCCUAAGAAGUCCGGGCCGUGAGGAGGCACGCGGGCUCCCUUCAGUAGCCCAAGGGACCCGGCGCCGCUUCGGCGCUAUUCUUCUGGUUGUGCGGGUGGCAAAACGGUGCCGUUUUUGGCACCCAUGUAUUUAAAUCCCUUUCUCUCUCCUCAUUUCCCAAAAAGAAGGUUGUCAAUUUGGAAGUUGAAUGGUGUACAAUAUCCAAAGGUUUCUAAUGAUUAGAUGAUGGGGAGAUUUGCUAGUUUA